CGCGGCCCCUUUAAGUGUCGUCUACCAGGAUGUUGAAACUCAUAUCUGGUCGUGAUCUCCCUGCCGAUCGCAUCAAUGUGUUUCUCCGCGCUGUGAUUUAUUAGAGGAGCGAACUUCUAUUCCUCAGCGCACCGCCGCGCCGCACGAUAAAUACAUGCCCGAUGGAUUUCGUUUUCUUUUGAGAACAGCUGUUGAAUUUGAACUCUUUUUUUCUUUCUUUUUAAACUCCCCCCCCCCCCGGAUUGUUUUUUAUUCUUCUUCUUUCAGCGGGUGUUUUUAAUGUUAAAGGAAAGAGUUUAGUGCUUCGUGUUACCCUUUUUUUUUUCGGAAGUUAUAAUGAGGGUGCAUUUCUGGACGGUUGUGGUUAUUGCAGAGUGGAUUCUACAAACGGUGGUUUGCUUGGAAAAGCAAGUGGGCAAGAACAUGGAAUACCUGGAAUUAGGGGCCAAGGAAUCGGUGGUCAAAAGUUUACCUUAUGGGGUUGAGGGAGGAGCAGUUGGAGGAAUCAAGCCACCAUUCCAAACUUCAAGGAUAUUUACGACGGCGGACAACCCCUUAAAGACCAAGACUCCCACUUACAGCUUCUUGAACCCAUAUGAAUGGGCUCGGAACCAGUCUCUGCUUCUGGAUCAGACCAACUACCGAUCCAAGCGCAAACCCUCUCUGAAAACAUCUAGGUCCAAGAAGAUCUUCGGCUGGGGGGACUUCUACUUCAACAUCAAGACCAUGAAGUUCAGUCUGCUGGUGACUGGGAAGAUAGUGGACCACAUCAACGGGACCUUCAGUGUGUACUUCCGCCACAACUCCUCCAGCCUGGGCAACCUCUCUGUCAGCAUUGUGCCGCCCACCAAAGUCGUGGAAUUUGAUGUCCUUCAGCUGCAGCAGUCCACCAUCGAGACAAAGGAAACCAAGACCUUCAACUGCCGAGUGGAGUACGAGAAGACCAACCGAGCCCGCAAGACCAAGCCCUGCCUCUACGACCCCUCUCAGACUUGCUUCUCAGAGCACACGCAGAGCCAUGCUGCCUGGCUUUGCGGGAAACCCUUCAAAGUCAUCUGCAUCUUCAUCUCCUUCUUCAGCAUUGACUAUAAACUGGUGCAGAAGGUCUGCCCGGACUACAACUUUCAGAAUGACCACCCCUAUUUCGGGUGAGGGCCGGAGGGAGUGUGGAUGGGAAUAUGGGCUUAAGUCAUAAUGCACUGUACCUCAGUUUUCUUCCUUGGGUUUGUAUGGGGAUGGCUUUUCCAUCAAAGAUGUACAUAUACAGUCUGUGAAUAAAUAGACACUACACAUAACAUUUCUGCACAGAAAAUAUUUUUUUGAGGGCAGGCCAUGGUGCAAUGUCCUGCAAGUUAUGUAUAAAGAUUGGAUCAUGUGGAUGAAGGUUGCCAUAACUCCUCAAUGGCUGCCUUCGAGCCCAUCAGCAUUUCCAGGUUUGGGAGAUCACCUUCUGUACCAGAUUUCUUCUAUUAGAGUCAUGUUGGGGGACUAGUUUACUUUCAAAUGGGAUCUUAGUCCACUGUUCAAGAAUUCACCCACACUUUUUGGUUCUUCGCUUUUAUUUUACUUUAAAUUUAGGAUAUGCAAAACACUAAAGCUGCUCGACAUGGUGUAGAUCCUGAACUGCGGUACAGGUGCUGAAGUGAUCACGUACCAAGAAGAAACAGCUUAUUUUUUAUGCAUAUAAUAUAUUUGAAUGAAAAAAAAGAAGCAAAGAACCAAUAGACCAAAAAGAUAAGGGCAAGAGUCACAAAGCUUAAAUAAUGCACGGGUGGGUGGGUUUCUAGACUGUGCACAAGAGUCCCUUGAAAAUCAAACUUUAAUCUACUAACCUUGAAAACUCCCUUUAAAAAAAGUAUUAAAAACACACACACACACACACACUCUUUAAAUAACUUCUGAGUUUUUGAAAAGCAUCCAGGAUAAUGCUUCAUCACUCCUUCAAGGACACCCAUCUGUUUGUCAUGAUCUCGCCAGCCAUCCCACACUUAUGAAACACACUGUAGUCUAAUUGUUUGCGUAAGGAAUGAGCUUAGACAUGCAUUCGCUGUGGUGUAGCAUGCUGUAUUUAUUUAUGAACUGCCUGUGUAGCAACACACAAGCACCAAUUAAGAAAACAGAGGUCUGGGAUUGGGGCAGAAGAGUAUUGUACUGCUGUAACCGACAAUGUGUGUAGAAAUAACUAAAUAUAUAUAUGAAAGUGCAUAAAAGAAAUAUGAAAAUGUUUCCGUUUCGUUUUUUUUUUUUUUAAACACUAACUCCAGAUAAUAAUCACUAAAGAGCCUUGUGCUUUAGUGCAGCAAACCAUUACAUCUUCAGCUCAGUGUGCAUAUUGAAUACUAAACAGACGCAGUUUGGCAGAAAACAUUUCUAGUUCAAUAUUGAAAGAGAGCCUUUGUUUAAAUGUUUGUCUACUGGGCUAAUGGCUUGCUUUGAUACACCAGUACACAGCUGGGAUUAGCCACAGCUGGGUUAUGUUAGAGUGUUUUACAGCACCGGGAGAACCCUGAGUACAUGUGCUUACCCCAGGAUUGCCACUGAAAAUAAGCAGUUAAUGCAAUCCAGGUGAAUUCCUCAGUGCUGUAAAAUGUUCUAAUAAAAUCAAAGGAUGGGCUGAUCAAAUCACCCCCUAACUUUUUUUUUUUUCCCAGAGUGUAUUUAGCUGUGUCAGAUUUAUAAUAAAAAUAAUAUUGAUAAAUAAAUAAAUAAGCUUGAUUUUAAAAACAGACCUGGCCUCAGAUUAUAACACUGAUGGACAAUUGUGGGGGAAAUGGAGUGACAUUGUAGAGGAUAUUGAUGGAAAAAAAAGAUAGGGUUACCAAAAUUUUAUGGUACGGGUAUAGUGGGUCAAUUGCAGUCUGCAAUGAUGUGCAAGGUGCUGCAAUGGAGAUCUCCUAAGCACAUUGGCACAUCCACUUUUCUGGUUGGACAAUACUAUUAGCAAAGG